GCAAUUAAACUGGGGUCACUGGCAGCUUUAUGUAAGUUAUCAAUAAAAUCGAAUUAUUUUUUCGAUUAUUCGAGCAAUCGUAUUAGAUGUAUCGCACAUCACUAAUAAAUGAAUGCAUAAUCUGUGACUCACAUACCGUUUGACUUUAACGAUACCAAAGAUUCGUAAUACCGCGGUUUCGCAUAUCGUAAACAACUUCAAAAUUCUAACCUCCACGGACCUUGGAGACGUUUUACGUUACAAUUUGAAUUAGACAAAUGAAAAGAAAAGUGUUUUUUACUGUGAAAAGUGGGGAAAAAUUGAGCAACAAUUUAUUUACAUAUCCAAAAUAAAAAAAGAAGCCUUUUCCGUUUAUAAUGUGCUAAUGUUUUUAAUGAAUGUUGGUAGUGAAAAAGUAAUAGUGUAAACAUGUCGAGUAAAUUAAAUGUAGAAACAAAAGAAAAUAUAUCAAGUGAAAUUAAACGAUUGCAACAGAGGUGUCUCGAUGUUUGUGAAAUAAUAGAAAAUACGCCAUUUGAUGCGUCGCUCACCCCGGACAAUGUUGGAGAAAAAGCCCUUAAUUAUGUAGAAGGAUUAAGAGUGGAAAUAGAAAAUUCUCAAACACAAAUACCUACAGAUGAAAAUCUGAUUGUAAGUCAGCUUCUUGCUGAUAUGAAAGUGAAAACUGAACAAGUAGAAGAACUCAUUGCGUUCACUAGAGGGUCAAUACUUGAUGUUGAAAACGAGAUACAAAGGUUAACUGACUUAACAAAUACAGCAAAAGAAGCAUUGUCUCGCCCGAGGAUAGUACAGAAGGAAGUAACGCAAGAACACUUGCAGAAAGCUAAAGAAACAUUCCAUGAACUGAAGACAGAACUCCAUGGUCUCAUACAAUCAUUGUUUCCAAAUGAUAGUGAUGCUAUUUUCGAUGUUAUGGGGCAUUUAAUGCAAGAAAAGCUCAACGAGGAAUCAAACGGCUACAUACAAAUUACUCAAGAAAACUAUAGGAUAAUAGAACUUCUAAAGGAUAUGAACAUUGUCACAACAAAUCCUUACAACAAUAUGGAAGUUAAAAUAGCUUAUUAAGUUUUAUUUAUAAUAUGUAAAAUAUUUGUGUUUAUUGCGAUUGUAAUUAACUUUAUAUGAAUAAACGUUAUAAGUAGUA